UCUCCCUCUCCUUUUUUAUUUAUUUUUUAUUGAAAAUUUUACAUACACUAUUUUUAAAUGACAGAAGCAGCGCAACAGCUAAACUUUGAAGGUCAUAGCAUGGCAGGGAUAGAUGCAUUUCGAAGCCCAUUUUUACUAGAUAGUAAAAGAGAUACCACUUCAAUUGCUGAUCAUAUUAAUUUUCAACUUUCCCAAUAUAACAAUACUAUUCCAGUUACAGCAACAACAACAACAAAUCCAGGUUUUGUCCCAGCACCGGAUUCAGCCAUCACCACAUUUAUUAAUAAUCAUGCUGCAAAUAAUAGCGACUUAAUCGAUAUAUCCAAUCAAAACCAAGUAGAGCAUGUGUUGGAGUGGGCCCCCAACAAACGAUAUUGUAGAUUGAAUACGUUACUAGGAAAGGGCGCAUUUAAGGUUGUACAUAAAGCUAUGGACCGUGAAGAAGGCUACGAAGUAGCAUGGAACGUCCUACAUAUUGGACAUGAUAAUAAUAAAGACGUAGGGCAUGAGAUCGAAAUUUUAAAAUCAGUUCGUCAUCCCAACAUUAUUGCGUUUCAUGAUGCCUGGUUAAGCGAGAACCGUACAGAGUUCAUCUUUGUAACAGAGCUCAUGACGUCUGGCACCCUAAGAGAAUACAUUCGUAAAUUAAGCUUACCAAAUCCUAAAAUUGUCAAGCGAUGGAGUCGACAAAUCUUGAAAGGUUUAGCUUAUUUGCAUGGCCAUAAUCCUCCCAUCAUUCAUCGAGAUAUCAAAUGUGAUAAUAUCUUUAUUAAUGGUGCUCACGGUGAGAUCAAAAUUGGUGAUUUAGGAACCGCUGAAAACAUGUGGUUGGGCGAUAAAAAGUAUACAUUGAUUGGUACACCCGAAUUUAUGGCACCCGAAAUGUACGAAGAAGAAGGUUACAAUGAGAAAGUCGAUUUAUACGCAUUUGGUAUGUGUCUCAUGGAAAUGACCACGGGUGAAUAUCCUUACGCCGAGUGCACAAACACUGCUCAAAUCUACAAGAAAGUUUGUCAGCAUAUCAAGCCAGAUUCCCUAGCUAAAAUUCAAAACCAGCAAGUACUGGAAGUCAUCAAUAGUUGCUUAUCCACUAACGAGACAGAAAGGUUGUCGGCACAAGAGUUACUCGAAUGCUCGUUUUUGGCUGUCGAACCCGACGUAGUCAUACUGGAGAAUGACCCAUCCCAUACCAUAGUGACCUUACAAGUCGUAUUCAAAGGUUCUGAUAAAUUAUCAGUCAAAUUUGAAUUUAAUACCCAAGAGGAUACAGCAGAGGAAGUUGUAGCCGAAAUGGUAAGUACAAGCAAAUAUAAACUAAAAUCUAAAUACCAACCAAAAAAAAAAAAGAUUGAAGAACAGGUGUUACCUGAGAGAUACCAACAAUGGAUUACGGGCGAAAUCAACCGAAUCUUACGAGACAUUGAAAAGGAGGCAGAAUCCGACCUAGAGAAAUUUAAAAACGGCGAUAAUCAACAGGCUGUUUGGCGUAGAGAAAAUGAUAUCCGAUCCGAAUUAGAGAAAUCUAAAUUAGAACUAGCAAAAAUUAUGGAAACUGUCGUUGAAUAUGAAAACAAGUGUGAGUACUUGAAAGGCAUAGCUGUACUCGCAGAAGAGAAAGAAUCUCAGGCCUUACUCGAAUUGGAAAGGACUGCAGCUAAAAUCUAUAAUGAAGACAUGAUGAUGGUCUUAUCUGACGAAGAAACUUCGUUGGAAGAUCCACAACAUGUCGUAUUGCAUUUAAACAAAGUAGUCUCAAAAGAGUAUUUCGAUGAUACCAGUAUUGACGUGUUUGUCAAGGACACUGCAAAAGCAACAAAUCGUAGUCUGUCUAAAGCUGCUGAAUGGACUCAGAAAUUAAAAGAUCAGGAUAUCAUGACAGUAGGCGAUUUAAGGGAAUUAUUUGACGAGGAUUGGUCCUGCAUAGGUCUUACUGUAUUUGCUAUUCGUGCAUUAAAGAAUAUGCUACGUAACAUAGAUAAUCACUUGUAAAUAUAUUUUUUUUUGCCAAGAUUUUUUUUUAUCGUCAGAUGAUAGUGUAUAAAAAGAGCUUUUUUUC